AGGACCGAGACCAAGAAAUGGGUUUAAUCGGGUUCGCAAUAAAAACCGAGCGCAGAGCGCAAUAAAUAAAACCGAAAAAUUGUUUAAACGAGCAGACCGAGAGAUUCUGUUUCUGUGUUCGAGGCCGCGAGUGGGUCCCACCGAUGGACACGGACGGAGUAUCACCGACGGCGGCGAUAUCGCGGUGGAAGUUCGCGCUGUCGCAGCAGUACCAGCACCUACUAGACAAAGCGACGCCGCACGUGGGACGGCGGUGGUUGGGGUUCGUGGUGGUGGCGCUUAUGUACGCGCUGCGUGUGUACUUCGUGCAAGGCUUCUACAUCGUAUCUUACGGCCUCGGCAUUUACAUCCUUAACCUUCUUAUAGGGUUCCUUUCCCCUCAGGUGGACCCUGAGAUUCUCGAUUCCGAGGGCCCCACUCUCCCCACCACCACUUCCGAUGAGUUUCGCCCCUUCGUUCGCCGCCUCCCAGAGUUCAAGUUCUGGUACUCGAUUACAAAGGCAUUUUGCAUUGCAUUUGUGAUGACUUUCUUCGGUGCGUUUGAUGUUCCAGUGUUCUGGCCAAUACUCCUCUUCUACUGGGUGGUCCUAUUCACGCUUACUAUGAGGAGACAGUUAUCUCACAUGAUUAAAUACAAAUAUGUACCGUUCUCAUUUGGAAAGCAGCGUUACGAUGGAAAGAGAGCACCAACAGAAAGCAGCACAAGCCUUUCGGAGGAUUGAAAUUUUCAAGGCAUAAUGAACUUUAUUUGCUUCAUUUAGGUCACAGAUCCACGCUGUCUUUUGACAGCUGGUGCAAUCUGAGUAUGUGAUGGCGUCUGAAGAAUGUUUCUUUGAGAUACAGUCUGGGUAACUGGAUGUUCAGUUCCCAGUUGACCAAUUGUUUAGACUUUGGACGUGUUGGAUGAUUUUAUGCUCUCUAGUAAAUCAGCUUUUUAGGGAAAUAUUGGGGGUGGUUCUGAGGGCUCUUUCUUUUCCUUAAUUCCUUUCCCUCUAUUUUGUAUUCCUAUAUAAUGGACAAUGCCUCUUAUUCCUGAAUUCUUAUUUCAUUGUCAAAUAAGGAGAAUUUUAGAUAGUUUGUGUAGAAUGAAAUUCUCUUCAUUAUUUGCAAUGCGGUUAUCGAUCUCUCUCUCUCAUUUAAACUUU